GCGUCUCUGCGUGCGGUUCAGUCAGUGCGCUGCGCUCUGAUGUCAUCAGGCGGCCACAUCUGUAUCGCCUCUGUAUCGCCAGUGCGUGUGAAGAACGGAUUUGUGUGUGCGGGAACAAACACUCAUCACACUCAUACUGCUUUUGUAGCAUCGGAGAGUAUCAGGCUUGUUUUUGCACUUCGCAUAUUUAAUACGUGUCUCUAGAGGAGAUGGAUAUCAGUGUGAUGCAGAUUUUUAAAGAGGAUCAGUGUCAGUCUGCUGGUGUUGAGGAGUGUUUGGUGAACUUGGACUCGCUUUUGGAGGCACCUGUGAACUCCACAGGGAAUGAGAGCUGGGCAAGCGAGGUGGAGACCCUCUCCCCUAUCGUGCCUGUCAUCACAGCUGUCUACUCCGUGGUGUUCGUCGUUGGUCUGGUGGGAAACUGCCUGGUGAUGUAUGUCAUUAUAAGAUACACUAAGAUGAAAACAGCCACCAAUAUCUACAUCUUCAACCUGGCAGUAGCUGAUGCCCUCGUGACCACCACCAUGCCCUUUCAGAGUACAGACUAUCUGCUCAACUCGUGGCCCUUUGGAGAGGUGGUCUGCAAGGUCUUCAUCUCUAUUGACUACUACAACAUGUUCACCAGCAUCUUCACGCUCACCAUGAUGAGCGUUGAUCGCUAUGUGGCUGUGUGUCACCCAGUCAAGGCCUUAGAUUUCCGCACACCAGUCAAAGCUAAAAUCAUUAACAUCCUCAUCUGGGUUUUGUCCUCAGCAGCCGGCAUUCCGGCUUUGGUCCUUGGAAGUACUCAGACCAACAAUGGCACUACGGAGUGUGCUCUGCAGUUCCCUGAUCCCUAUGUCUACUGGGACACACUGAUGAAGAUCUGUGUAUUUGUCUUUGCUUUUGUGGCACCUCUGCUCAUCAUUAGCGUGUGUUACACACUGAUGGUGUUGCGAUUGAAGAGCGUUCGUCUGCUAUCAGGCUCACGUGAGAAGGAUCGUAAUCUGCGGCGUAUCACACGUCUUGUUCUAGUGGUGGUGGCUGUGUUUGUCGUAUGCUGGACGCCCAUUCAUAUCUUCAUCCUGGUCAAGGCCCUGGCUCCUGAUGUGCCGGAGACCACAGCCGUCAUGGGUGCCUACUUCUUCUGUGUGGCACUCGGCUACACUAACAGCAGCCUCAACCCCAUCCUCUAUGCCUUUCUGGAUGAGAAUUUCAAGCGCUGCUUCCGCGAUUUCUGCUGCCUGACUCGAAGCAAGGUAGACGGUGUGGGCGCGACACGGGUCAGGAGCACUCUCCGUGAGCACACAUGCCAGGCAGAAACCAGAGGUGAGGUAGGUCGUGGUAGAUCAGUAUGACUAGCUGUGGAGCUCUCCUCCUUCCAAGGCCUGGAAAUCUCCAAUGACCUGGGAUUGACACAGAUCACCACCACCUUCUAAUUAGGAGAGAGAUGAAUUCAGGCCUUUGAGGUGUGAGAGCCACAUCCUUUGGGAGCGCAUAAAAGGAACUGUUCCAUAGUGCAGCGUCUAAAACAAGCAUUUCAUUCUACAUACAGUUAGCUAUAUUCAUAUUCCUACAGUCACAUCUGUAGGAUUAAUUAUACAUACUGUACUAACAUCUUUUCUCAAACUGAACAUAUACUUAUCAACAGAAUGUCUGAAGGUUUCAGAGGAGCUUACAAUCCUGUUGGAGUUUCUGGCAAGGACCUGAUGCUGCAGGUAUAAAUCAGUCACCAGCUCCAGCCAAUCUGCUGGCAAAGAGACUUUUUUGAGAACGUGCACAUCCAUUAAUCCUUAUUAAACCAUCCUGAUGUUUUGAUUUAUGAAAUUUGAUGAAAUAUUAGGUCCUUUCCAACAUCCCACAGCUCUUUAUAUGCCAUUUGUCCAGUAUCCGAAUGCUAAUGAUCCAGAGACCAGAGACAGUAUCCAAUAUAUCAUGGAUGAGGGUUGUGGGUGAUGCUCCAUAUCUGAACAUUACACAGCUGAAUUCUAUAUUUAAGUGCAUUAUGAAAGAACACUGAGUUUAACGCAAAGGGAGUUCGAUGCAAUGGGAUUUACUUCAUAUGCAGGAAUGAAAAUAAGAACUUUGUGGACAUGUGAAUGGGGAUAAAUGGAGAUUAAUGAAGACUGUGAUACAAACAUGGUAUAAUUUCACAAGUGAAACAUGAUCAUAUCUUAGAAUAAAUUUUUUUUUUUAUUUUCAUCAGUUUUCACAUCUCUGUUUGCAGAAAAUCAUUAAGACAUUAAGAGCCGCCGAUUGCUGCUUUUCACUGCAUUUUGUAAAUGAUCAUGUGUAUAUAAAAAACUUCUUGCUUCUUAGGGGUUUAUGCUUAAACAAAUCCAUAACAAAUUUGAUAUUUAGUAAUGGCUGGAAAUAUUUGAUAUCAAAAGAGGUAUCUAUAAACCUCGCGCUGCAAAUCUUAGAUGUAAUUUUUGGACAGAGGGCUUUACAAAAUCUAAACUUGAAUCUGUAGUUAUGUAAUGUAUGUUCAAUACCAUUUGGGGUCUUAAUCAAUAAAGUAAGAUGAUAUUGACAUAGUUCAUGGUCACAUUUGAUCUGAAUGUAAUUGUCAGCAAAGUUGUGAUUUCACCUAAAGAUAUGAAAUAAUCGUGUGAUUAAAUUAGUCUAUGGUGUUUUUUUCUAUCGUCUAAAGCAGCACAUUGUAAGUUAUUUUUUC